CGUCUUUCAAAACUGGGCGUGCAGCACAACGUUAACACAGACAAUAACCGCCUUUUAUUUGUGUACACAUUGAAUUGUUUACAACACAACUUCACCUGACAGCCGUCUACGGUUCAGCAAAUACCUUUCUAGGUAAAGAAAAGGAGAUAUUCCAGGACAGGAUCCUGCAUGGUUGGUGUGCUGUGCAGAGAUGGCAAUGGAGGAAAGGGCGCGGAGCUGUCUGCUGCGCUUUCGCCACAGACUGGAGCAGGACAUUAAGCCCUCUUACCUGAUGGACCACAUGGUCAGUGAUGGCGUACUGAGUGUGGAUGAGGAGGAGAGGAUCAGGACCCAGCCCAACAGGAAGGAUCAGGCUGUGGCUCUGCUGGAGCUGCUGCUGAAGAAGGACAACCGUGCCUACAUCUCUUUCUACAAUGCCCUGGUCAAGGAGGCAUACGAUGAUAUGGCCAGUCUGCUUCAAGAUGACCUACCUCGCAUGUUGCCUGAUGCACAUAAUAAGUCCUCUGAUGGCAGCGUAGCUUACGUCCAGGCAGUCCUCAGUGAAGGUGGCGUACCGCAGAGGCCCGUGGUGUUUGUCAGCAGACCAGAGCUUGUGAACCGGGUUAGGGAGAAACUCUACCGGCUGCUGAAGGAGCCCGGCUGGGUCACUGUCUUCGGCAUGGCUGGCUCGGGAAAAUCCGUCCUGGCUGCCGAGGCUGUCAGAGACCACAGACUCAUCGAAGAGUGCUUCCCCGGAGGGAUCCACUGGCUGUCCAUCGGCCAACUGGACAAACCAGACUUGCUGGUUAAGAUCCAGUCAUUGUGUUUCCGUCUGGAGCAGAGCCUGGAUUCCCAGUCCCUCCACCGUCCCUCCAACUCUCUGGAUGAGGCCAAGGAGCGCCUACGCUUCCUCAUGCUGCGUAGAUAUCCGAGAGCUCUGCUGAUUCUAGAUGACAUCUGGGACAAUACAGUGCUCAAGGCGUUUGAUAUCCACUGUCGGAUACUUUUGACCACCAGAAAUAGAAGCCUUGCUGACUCUGUUAGUGGUGCUAAAUAUGAGGUAGAAGUGGAGAGUGGUCUGGAUGAAAACAAGGGACUGGAGAUCCUCGCUAAGUACACUGAACUCAACAGACUCCCUGAGGAGGCUCGCAGCAUUGUCAGAGAAUGCAAAGGUUCCCCUCUGGUAGUGUCCCUUAUUGGGGCUCUGCUCAAAGAGAAACCCAACCGUUGGGAUUACUACCUCCGCCAGCUGCAGCAGAAGCAGUUCAAGCGUAUAAGAAAGUCGUCGUCUUACGACUACGACGCCCUCGACCAAGCCAUGGCUGCCAGCAUUGAAGUCCUGCCUGAUGAACAUCGAGAGCUCUACAAGGACCUUACUGUGCUAGAGAAGGACAUCAAAGUCCCUGCGAAGGUGCUGUCUGUUCUGUGGGACUUGGAGCCGGAGGAGGUGGAGGACAUUCUUGAGGAAUUUGUCAACAAAUCUCUGCUUUUUGUGGACAGUCACAAUAAACCCUACCAGUACUACCUCCAUGACCUCCAGCUUGAUUUCCUGGUGGAGCAGAAUCGCACUCAGCUCGAGAGCCUCCACACUAAGGUGGUGCACCAGUACCAGCAGUACUACAGAGAUGGUCCUCCCACCUCAGGAGAUGAGGAAUGUCUUUACUGGAUCAGGUUCCUAACCUACCAUAUGGCCAAAGCCAACCUCUCCCAGGAACUCUACGCACUCAUGUUUUCUCUAGACUGGGUUAGCAUCAAGGCCCAGAUAAUGGGUCCAGCUCACCUCAUCAAUGACUAUGUGGAGUAUGGACCCAUUCUGGACAAAGAGAACAGUGAAGUGCGCAGUCAAUUCCAGGAAUUUCUGUCUCUUAACGGCCACCACCUGGAGCAGCGGCCUUUUCCCGACGUGGUGCAGCUUGCUCUGUCUGAGCCCCGUACCUCUGAGGUCUACAGACAGGCUCUGCUGCAGGCGCAGGAGCGGACCAGUGCAGGGAAACUCUACUUUGACUGGCUGAAUAAGAGCAGUGUAGAGAGUCUGUCCCGUCUGGUGAUCCACCCCCACCAGGGCUCCAUCUACUCCGCCUGCUUCUCCCACGAUGGAACAAAAAUCGCCUCCAGUGGAGCCAGCAAGACACUCAAGGUGUUUAAAAGCACCUCAGGUGAGAAGCUCACAGAGAUCCAGGCCCAUGAUGACGAGGUGCUCUGCUGUGCCUUCUCCCCUGACGACCGUCUCCUAGCAACCUGCUCUAGUGACAGGAAGGUCAAGGUGUGGAACGUGGAGAAAGGCGUGCAGUUAAGGGUCUUUGAGGAGGAGCAUCAAGAGCAGGUCAACCACUGUGAGUUUACCAACACAUCACAACGCCUCCUGCUGGCCACCUGCUCCAAUGACAAGUUCCUGAAUGUCAAGUUGUGGAACCUCAACAAGCCAUCUUCCCAGAACACCAUGUUUGGCCACUUCGAGCCCGUCAACCACUGCUGUUUCUCCCCUGAUGACACCUAUGUGUCCACUUCCUCUAACGACGGUACUAUUAAGCUGUUUCGGGUGUCGACUGCCAAUGAGUGGAAAACGAUCAACGUGAAAGACAUGUUUACAGAGAGCGAUGAAGACGUCCUUGUCAAGUGCAGCACCUGGACUGCUGACGGCAAACGCAUCAUAUGUGCAGCCCGAAACGCUGUUCUGGUGUUUGACGUGGAGACAUCGGAAAUGUUGUUGGAGAUCAAAACAAAUCGCCUGAGCACGGUGCAAUACUGUCACGCCUGUCCUACCAGUAACCUGCUUGCUAUCGCAUUCUCAAACUAUGCUGUGGAGCUGUGGGACCUGGAGUCCAAUAAGAAGAUGGCAGACUGCAGUGGUCACCUGAGUUGGGUCCAGCGUGUCCAGUUCUCUCCUGAUGGCUCACAGCUGCUUUCCUGCUCUGACGACCAGACUGUCAGGUUAUGGGAGCCUAAGAAGGUGCACACCUCCUCAGCCGUCCACCUGAAAAGAGACUCUGACGUUCUCUUCAGUGAUGAAGAAAUCAUAUUGUCAGCUGCAGACAACUGCAACAGACUGCAGGUGCGUGAUGGCAGGUCAGGAUCAGUGCUGUUCCAGUCAGAGGAGAAGUCUUCCAGGAUCCGGUGUACGUGCAUGUUCAGGCAGCCCUCUGCUGUGGUCCUGGGCCAGGAAGAUGGCACUGUGCAGGCAGCAGGGCUGACAGCUAGUCAGGUUCUGAGGAGGGUUGGCUGCAGGAUCCGACGACUGUUGACCUCUUACAGAGGGGUGGUGUUGGCUGUAGGGCUAUGCACAGGCAGCGUCCAGGUGUUGGAGGUGCCCUCUGGGAAGCUCCUAGCCACACUGCCGGGACACACCAAGACGGUGCUGCACUGCCAGUUCAGCCAGAACGGCCAAACACUCAUCACGUCCUCUGAAGACACCACCAUAAGGGUGUGGAAGUGGCAGUCUGGGGAGUGUAAAGUACUGCAGGGUCACAAGGAACAAGUCAGAUGCUUCUCACUGCUCUCCAACUCACCUGCCGAAACGAGACUGCUGUCCUGGUCCUUCGACGGCACUGUCAAGAUGUGGGACAUAGAAAGUGGAGAGAAGCUGCAGGAUAUCGAGGCUCAUCGGCCAUCAGCCAUUCUGUCCUGUCAUGUCUCGCCAGACGGAUGUCUCUUUGCCACCACCUCUGCUGACAAGACUGCGAAGCUGUGGCACUGUGAGUCCUGGCAGUGUGUCCACACAUUGAGCGGCCACCAAGACUGUGUCCGAAGCUGCAGAUUCUCCUGGGACAGCCGACGCCUCGCAACCGGAGACGACAAUGGAGAGAUCCGGAUAUGGAAUGUGAAGGACGGCUCUUUGCUGAAGAUUUGUUCCCGGGAGAGCAAAGACGGCAUGGACUCACUCCACGGAGGCUGGGUGUCCGACCUGCACUUCUCUCCAGACAACUCCCUUCUGGUCUCGACUGGCGGUUACAUCAAGUGGUGGGAUGUGGAGAAAGGCGAGGCCCUGCAGACCUUCUAUACCACGGGAACCGCGCUGAAGAGGAUCCACGUCUCGUCCGACUUCUCCACCUUCGUCACCAUCGACAACAUCGGCAUCCUCUACAUCCUGCAGAGGGUGGUGUGACAUUGCAAACGCUGCUCCAAAAAGACCAAAAGAAAGAAACAAAAACACCACGAUCUACGCUAACACUAGAUUUUUCUUGCAAAAACUACAGUAUUACAGACUGUAUACCGAAGUAGACAUGUUUCGUUGCGUUAAGGACUCUUGCAGAAGCCUAAACUGGAAGAUGCCGCAUCCCAUAACCACACACCUCUCAGAUAAGUUUACAUUUCCACUGCACUCUUUCUACAUACAGGCUGUCACUAGCCAACAGCAUCACAAUAGAGCAUUACAGACAUUCACUUUCCAUUCUCUUGGGUCAAAUGACACUGCUAACCAGUUAACACCAGCUUUAAAUGAAAACUACUACAGCUACGAACUAACUGUUGGGAGCGUAGACAGACAGUGAAAGCUCAAAGAGUCUUAAUAUUCCUACUCCAGUCUCUGUUUUAAAACAGUGGCUGUUUUUUUAGGUAAAAUAGAGCAGAAUCAUCUUUUUAAAAACUAGGAAAGAUGCAUUAAAAAGCAUGUUUACAUAAAGAAAAAAAAUCAGCGUUCGUGACGAUUAGGUCUCAUUAAUACCUAAUAAAGAGGUUAAUAUAAACAGGUGAAACAGAUGUGAUCAUUGCAUCAGUUCAAAUAAUACAUGUUAAUCCAUAUUGCAUAAGGGCUGAAUAUUAUUGCAUGUAAUGUGAGGGAACUUCCACUCCGCCGUAUGUAAUACAUAUAAGCUAUCGUGCAUUUGCAAGUGCAUUUUGACUCGUAGUGUGCUGUGAUGUUUUCUCAUGUUUGUGUUUGAGGGUAAAUCUUCUGCGUCAGGUGUAAACCUGGCUGUGAUACGAACAGUUUUGAGCCUUUUUUUUACACUGCAGCCUUAAUUCUGAAUGGGAAUACUGUAGGUUGUAGAGGGGUAUGUAUGUUUAGUGUACAUGGAUUUCUCAAUCCACCAGCAUAGAUAGAACUUCUGGUGCACUUUGAUGAGCAUUAAAUAUUAAUAGUUUAAGUUUUAAUGAUUGAGCAUUUAAAAUUAAAUCCAAAACCUUUGAAAGCCUGUGGUUCUAUUUGUACAUCCCAACUAUUUGUACUUUUAAACUUAGAUCAAAGGUAAAUGUUUUCUACCAAAAAUUGCAGUAUGUGAUUUAUAAUUUAUAUUCCACUUGCUAAUGUUAAAAAGCACUUUUUUGUGCUUUAUUAAUUUCUUUUUUUACUUUGUACCAGUUAUUUUUCACUCUAUAUACCACUUUUUACACAUUUUGAUCUGCACGUUGUCUGAGUACUGAGCCUUUUCCUGUUCUGAGCACUUUGAAGCAAGAGUUACAAUCUUUCAUGAAUUCAUGAAGCUUUCCCUAACGUGGCUUUGUUCAGACACAUAAAGAUGGAUCCUUACUUUGAUUUGACAAUACAGAUUAGUAUGUGGUUGCCAGACUGGCAAGUGUCCCUGCGCAUGCUGUAACCUAUUCGUUUCAGUGGGUAUGAUACAGACUUCCAGGUCCACUAGGAGCUAUAAGCACAUAAAGAUAGUAAGUGAAUAAAAGUGAGGAUGCAUUUCAACAUUUCUGAUCGAUGCUGUUGUCAUUUUUCACAUUGUGCUCUUUGCGCUUUGUACUUUAAAGCCAGCAUAAAUCCAAUCAAAAGAUUACCUUCCAGAGCUCUCUGGCUAACAAAAUUGCGGAACUAUUGAUGUCUGCUCAGGAUGUAUUGAUACUGUUUUAUGGUGUGGUGCAGUGUGAGUGUAAUUUAUAAAAGAUUAAACUACGCACGAUAUGA